AUUUGCAUCCAUGAUGCCAAUGCCAUCUACUCAGGUUUUUAUAUGAAUCCCUUUCCCGAUUCCAACACCUUCCAGCCCUAGUUCCGCCCACCGGAUUCUAUAUCGAUUUCGCUUCUCAUCUCUCGUUGUAAGACGAACAAGUUCCACUCAAUUCUCGACUGAACCUUCAAUCAGCGGCUUGCAGAAGACUCCAACAUGAACACUCUUUGGACGGCUUUCCUCUUGGUUGCCUGCGUCAAUUUUUUAGCCACUGCGAAGUCAUCCCAUCGCAAACGGGACGUUUGUGAGGUGCAAGGGAAUGAUGCGGCAUAUGAUGCGUGUGGCAUGAAGAAGGCCUUCGGUGGAAGUACAGUCUAUCCUGAACUUUUUACUACGUUUUCGCCUAAGGGAGCGCUCUACGUUCGAUACGACAACGUCGUUGUGGGUGGGGCACAACAACUUGCGCCCCAUCGAGUAUCCGCAAAGCCUUCGCUCUCGAUGCAUUUCUUCCAAGGCCCACAGACCGCUGCCGGCGCCCAAUUGCUUUCGAAGAAGUUUGCCGUCCUUGGACUAGAUUUCCAGCCCGAAGGGAAACUUACCAAGGUCAUAUGGCUUCAGUCUGCGAUGGACAUUGACCGUAACACUGGCUCUUUAACCUCAACUGUUCCUCCUAUUAUCCCUUACAAGUCUCCUAACCCCCCGCAAGGUACAGGGACUCAUGAGUAUGUGAUCCUGGUUUUCGAAGAAAUUGGUGCCGGGUUGUCAGGAUUUCUCAAAAAGAAUCCUCAAGUAAGAGCAAUCCUUUCUGGCUCAUUCAAUCUAGAAGACUUGUUGGUCCAGAGCAAGUUGCGAAACUCUUUAGUGGCUGCAAGUUUUUUCAAGUCCACUCAUGCAUAGA